GUCCGGUCGGAAGCUUGCUCUGCGUGUCGGUGUCUGGUUGCUUCCUCGUGGAAGAUGGCGGUGCCGGAGCCGCCGCUGCCGCUGUCGCGAGGAGGCCCAGGGCCCGCUUCGCUCUCCCCGCCCCGGGGAGACCGUACUCUCCUCGUCAGGCACCUGCCGGCCGAGCUGACGACUGAGGAGAAGGAGGAUUUGCUGAAGUAUUUUGGGGCGCAGUCCGUGCGCGUCCUGUCAGAUAAGGGACGCCUGAAACAUACUGCGUUUGCUACUUUCCCUAAUGAAAAAACAGCAAUAAAGGCAUUGACAAGACUCCACCAGCUGAAACUACUAGGUCAUACUUUAGUUGUUGAAUUUGCAAAAGAGCAAGAUCGGGUUCAUUCAUCGUGCUCCACCUCAAAUACAGAGAAAAAGAAAAGGUUGGAUGAUGCUGUGGACGAUGAUAAAGAGAAGAAAGAGCCUGACGUUCUAACAAUAGAGAAUGGAAUUGCACCAAGUCACGGGCUAACUUUUCCUCUAAAUUCGUGCCUCAAAUAUAUGUACCCACCACCUUCAAGCACAAUCCUUGCAAAUAUAGUAAAUGCUCUAGCAAGUGUGCCCAAAUUCUAUGUACAGGUGCUUCAUCUUAUGAAUAAAAUGAAUUUGCCCACACCAUUUGGACCGAUUACUGCACGACCUCCUAUGUAUGAGGACUAUAUGCCAUUGCAUGCACCCCUUCCACCUACAUCACCUCGCCCACCUGAGGAACCUCCCUUACCUGAUGAGGAUGAGGAUUUAUCUAGUGUAGAAUCAGAAUAUGAAAGCAGCGAUGAGGAGGACCGACAGAGAAUGAAUAAACUAAUGGAACUAGCAAAUCUUCAGCCCAAAAGACCCAAAACAAUAAAACCACGCCAAGUGAGAAAAAAGCGAAAAAUAAAGGAUAUGUUGAAUAUACCUUCAUCAGCUUCACAUAGUUUGCAUCCUGUACUGUUACCUUCGGAUGUUUUUGACCAACCACAAUCUGUAGGUAAUAAAAAAAUUGAAUUCAAUAUAUCUACCAACAUGUCAGCAGCAUAUAAGAAAGAUUUGGAGAAGGAACAAAAUAAUGAGGAAAAGAAUUCUGAUUCCCCAGACACUGGAUUUGAUGAUUCAAAUACAGGAUUUGGAAAAAUCUUUCCCAAACCUAACUUGAACACCACAGAAGAGAUGAAAGAAGACUCUGAUGAAAUGCCCUCACAGUGUAUUUCUAGAAGGGAGUUGGAAAAGGGUCGAAUUUCUAGAGAAGAAAUGGAAACCCUCUCAGUUUUCAGAAGUUAUGAGCCUGGUGAACCAAACUGCAGAAUUUAUGUAAAGAAUUUAGCUAGACAUGUUCAGGAAAAGGACCUUAAAUUUAUCUUUGGAAGAUAUGUUGAUUUUUCUUCAGAAACACAGCGGAUCAUGUUUGACAUCCGCUUAAUGAGAGAAGGACGCAUGAAAGGACAAGCUUUCAUUGGGCUUCCAAAUGAAAAAGCAGCGGCUAAAGCCUUAAAAGAAGCUAAUGGCUAUGUUCUUUUCGGGAAACCUAUGGUGGUUCAGUUUGCUCGAUCUGCUAGACCAAAACAAGAUUCCAAAGAAGGAAAACGAAAGUGAUAAAAAUGAAUAAGGAAGCAUUCCUGCGUAAAAACUGCUGUAAUACUGUCAUACAAGUGUAUCCUUUCUUGUAUCCUUUUUGGGGCAGUGGUUUUGCUUUGUUUUCUAGAAAUACUUUCUACCAUUCAUCCAGAUUAAGCAAUACUUUUUAUAUUGCAUUCAAAGGAAACAUUUCUUUAAUUAAUUUUGUAUCCUGGACAAACAUUUUACAUGUAUUUUAGAUGCACUGCUUAGUUUUCUAUGUUAUAUAAUCAAGGAAAUUUUUUUUUCAGGGAAAGUUAGUGAAUCAGGUCACUUGUAUACAUUUGCUUUACCACAGAAUAUGGUAAUAUUUGUUGUAUAUAUGAAUUUCCUCAAUCUAAUUCAGGAACAUGCAUUCUGUUUUAUGAUUUAUCACAUUUCGGUGGUGUUGUAGUUUCAUUUUUGUUGCUGUGACAAAUCCGUCAAAAAAAGCAACUUAGGG